CAGCGGAUGGGCGUGGGCUGGCCAGGGUAGUUAAAUGGGACAUGGUGUGUCCCUGGUGAGGAACUGGCCUGGGGUGCCCGUGCUUAGUGGCCAGAGAUCUGUUAGCAGGACUUGGUGGAAAAACUCAAUCCCGGGGACAAUUGUUCAGCUAUUCUGUCAAGAUAUCUUUGAGCGCAAACUGUGGACAGCACUUUUCAGUAUGUGCUUAUUCCUCUAUCAGUAACAGACCAAAUGGACUGGAUUCAGGGAGAAAAGAAAAAAAAAAUGUAGCAGAAAGAUGGGAAUUUAGUUUUUUAAAAAAAGUACUGUUUUAAUAAUAAUUAUUAUUGUGACUAACAUUUAUUGAGCAUUUACUAGGAGCCAGGCACAACUGCAUUUAUCUUUCCCUAAUCUUCAGGACAACCCAAUGAGGUAAAUACUCUUUAUCCCUAUUUCACAGAAAAGGGAAUUAUGGCUUAGUAGUUUUGUCCCUUUUCUUUUCACUUGGUCUGGGCAAGGAAAAACAAGAGUUCUUAAGGAAAUGAAUGAGCUGUGGGUAAGUGGAAUGUCUGGGUUCCCAGCACUAUUACAGUUAUCUGACAGCCUUUGUGAUCUGUGUUGUUAACGACAAGAUCUCUUCCAUCCAUGCCAUUUUCCCUCCUCUCUUUCCCCUGUGAAGGUUUGCUGAGAAGCACAACUUUGAAAAACCUAAUGACAGCCGUGCCCUCCGCCUAAUGACUAAAUGUGCCCAGACUGUAAUGAAAGAAUUGGAGGAUAUUGUGAUUGCAUAUGGACAGAGUGAUGAGUACAGCUUUGUGUUCAAGAGGAAGAGUAAUUGGUUUAAAAGAAGAGCCAGGCUUUGAUGGAAGAGUCGUGGUGUAUCCUACCAACCAGACCUUAAAGGACUACCUCAGCUGGCGGCAAGCAGAUUGUCACAUCAAUAAUCUUUAUAAUACAGUUUUCUGGGCACUUAUACAACAGUCUGGACUAACACCAGUACAAGCCCAAGGGAGAUUACAGGGAACUCUUGCAGCAGACAAGAAUGAGAUUUUGUUUUCCGAAUUCAACAUCAACUACAAUAAUGAGCCCCUGAUGUAUAGGAAAGGAACUGUGUUAAUAUGGCAGAAGGUGAAUGAAGUCAUGACAAAAGAAGUUAAACUGCCAGCAGAAAGUAAAGGACAAAAGAUGGCAGUGACCCGAACCAGGACCAAGCCAGUGCCCUUUCACUGUGAUAUUAUCGGAGAUGCUUUCUGGAAGGAACAUCCAGAGAUCCUUGAUGAAGACAGCUGACCCUGUGCUUUUUGAUCCUAGUGUGCCUGACCCUACAAGUCCCCCAAGUCUGCUUGCCUCAGGUGGCCCUCGCAUCCCUGCCACCCAGGAGAGAGUGCUGAGAGGGACACGAUUCGCUUUGAGAGGGGAACAGGGAAGAAAGGGAUGGAUGAGGGCGGUGUAUCUUAUUCUGCUCUAAGCAGAACACCUUUUGUGCACUGUUGGAACAUGGUUCCUUCAGUAGAAGUGCAUUUUUUAAAAACUGCGGUACUAUUUUUAUAAAGCAUGAACUAUUUUGUGCCUUGCAGAAUGAAUCGUUUUUAGGUUGUGGCAUAAGUCUUAAAAACCUGUCAGCUCUUUUCAUCUAUAUAUAAGAUGAGCCAAAACUUUAUUCUUAACUAGAGAAUUGAGUGGCCUUGAAAAUCUCACCUUUCCCACCCAUCCACUUGCAUUUGUCUUUGGCAGACCUGGAGAUAAAUAUGGGCUGAUGCUUGCAAGAUGCCACUGAGUUCAGGAAUUCCAGGGAAGACACACACAAAGCAACUCUCCACGUUGCCAACUUUGGCUGAACAAAUGAGUAGUAGUUUAGAUGCCCUUCCGUACACAUCCCAGUGGACUGAUUUUGUGGGGUUGUGUUGUCAGCAUGAUGAUCAUCAUCAUUAUCAUCUUGCCAGAGGCAUUGUUUCCAAGGCCACGUCUUUCUAGGAAGAAAGACAAUUGAGUGUAUAUAUGAGAGAAAGAAAACAUGUUUGAGAACAAAUGAACAGAAACAUUCCCUGAGUUUUAAGAGAACUGGUUAUGUCUCUAUCCUCUACCACAUUUUUUCAGUUUUAAAAUCUGCUUCAGUGGGUUGGACUUCCUGAAAAAGAUUCUCAACCACCCGCUGUAUAAUCAGAAAAAUAACAUUUGAAUUCAAGAGCAGAGGGGUCCACACCCCUCUCGGACUCACAGGUGGCAGGUAGCAAGGGGGUCAUAAUGGCUCCUCCCAUUGAUGGACCAGUGGAGAUGGGUGAAGAGCAGCAGAGAGCAGCAGCAGUAAUUGCCUGCAGCCGAGCUGUUGGCCUCUGAAGAGAGGCGGCAGUGGGGAUGGGUGGUGAGAGAACUCUCAUUUCCUCUUGUCCUCAUUUCAGAGGAAGAAAAUCAUUUGGCUCUAUUAAGAAUUAAGAGACAGCCCGUGUGCCAGUGCCUGUCUCACGUUGCAGAAUUUACAGCCAAGAAGAAAAUGUAUUUUUGAAAGGGUGACGGCUGGCCUCAUCCCUCACUAACUGACACCCCAUCUGUCAGUGAAAUUUUCUCUUCCCGUCCUCCCUACUCCACAGGAAUAGGAGAUAGGCUCAUGUUUGGUAAUUGCUAAACUCUUUAAGAAUUAAAAAAUAAAGGUUUCAGCUCCCUUGGCCUAAUUUUUCUUUGUCUUAUGCAAAUGCAAUGUGUGACUCUCUUGUGUAUGCUUUUUGCUUAAACCAGGACACAUCCCUUCAUCAGAACAGUGGUUCAUAGACUUCUGGAUGCAAAGAAAUUACUUGGAGUGCUUGUUUGAAGAUUCAGAGUUCAGUAAAGAGUCAGAAUUGACUAGACAGCAGCGGGUUUGGUUUGGUUUUGGUUAAUCUGAUUUUUAACCCCAGAGGCCUGUGGUUAUUGAUACACCACACUUCGGGCAGCCAGUCCCUCGGUAUCUUGUGAUAGGCCACACGAGGCAAUAAGGGAAGCUAUUGGGCAAAUUUAAUGCAAUAGUAAGUAAUCUGUAGCAUAUUAAAACAGGUACAGGUAAAUAAGGCAUUAAAGUACAAAUUUCAAAACAAAACAACCCAAAGAAAUCUUGCGCUUCCUGUGGGUGCUGUGUGAUAACUACAAAUACUUAAUUUUGCCAUA